UUAGCGGCUUUGCUAACACAGCUGAUUAGCCGCUCCUACCCUGACCAGUAUCCGUCGCUCAUUUGACUUUUUCCGAACCGGGGAAGAUGGCACGAAUGGUGUAACAAAUGGCGGAUGUCGAGGGGCAAGCGCUUUGUCCAUCGCUGCCUCAGCAUCCAGCGUGUAACGGAACCGGGAGCGUCGACGUUACGCCGGACGCAGACGGCUGCUGCGGCAGUGGCUUCCAGAUCCCAAACAGCACCGUGACGUCGGGCCCACGGCUCAUCCGGAUAGUCAAGUCCGACUCGGGCUAUGGUUUUAACGUCCGGGGCCAAGUUAGUGAAGGUGGGCAACUCCGGAGCAUUAACGGGGAACUAUACGCCCCGCUGCAGCAUGUCAGCGCGGUCCUACCUGGUGGUGCAGCCGACAGAGCCGGUAUAUCGAAAGGGGACAGGAUUCUUGAAGUGAAUAGAGUGAAUGUCGAAGGCGCGACACACAAGCAGGUGGUGGACCUGAUCCGGGCAGGAGAGAGGGAGCUAGUACUGACUGUGCUUUCAGUCCCGCCUCAAGAAGCCGACUGUUUGGAUGUCGGGGACGAUGGCUCUGCCCAGUCCUGUUACGAUUACUCUGACAAGCAGGCCGUCCCCAUCUCUGUGCCUAGCUACAAACACACAGAGCUUCACCAGGAAAAGUUUGUGGUAUAUAAUGUCCAUAUGGCAGGAAGGCAGCUGUGCUCCAAACGAUACCGGGAGUUUGUGAUUCUCCACCAAAACUUGAAGAGAGAGUUUGCCAACUACAUAUUUCCUAAGCUGCCCGGGAAGUGGCCUUUUAGUCUGUCGGAGCAACAGCUGGAUGCGCGACGCAGAGGACUGGAAGAAUAUCUGGAGAGAAUUUGCUCUGUGAGGGUCAUUGGCGAAAGUGAUAUUAUGCAGGAGUUCCUGUCUGAGUCAGAUGAAAACUACAAUGGUGUGUGGGAUGUUGACUUGAAAAUAGCUGUUCCUGAUAAGACCACACUCACUGUCCGGGUUCGCAAAAAUUCCACCACUGAUCAGGUCUACCAGGCUGUGGUCAUGAAACUAGGGAUGGACAGCAUAACAGCCAGCUAUUUUGCCCUGUUUGAAGUCAUCAACCAUACUUUCUUACGUAAGCUUGCCCCCAACGAGUUUCCCCACAAACUCUAUGUUCAAAACUACACAUCAGCUAUCCCGGGAACCUGCCUGACAAUGCGCAAGUGGCUCUUCACUACAGAAGAGGAGACAUUGCUCAAUGAUAACCAACUUGCUGUCUGCUACUUCUUCCACCAGGCCUUGGAAGAUGUGAAGAGGGGUUUCAUCAAAGUAGAGCAGAAGUCCUACCAGCUGCAGAAGAUGGCAGAGCAAAAGAACAUGUCCAUGUAUCUUGCCUUGUUGAGGGGCUGCGCGGGCUACAAUGAAAUCUUGUUCCCUCACUGCUCGUGCGACUCCAGGCGUAAAGGCCAUGUCAUCGCAGCCAUUAGCAUUCAGCACUUCAAGCUGCAUGCCUGCACAGAGGAGGGGACACUUGAGAACCAAGUGAUUGCCUUUGAGUGGGGGGAGAUGCAGAGGUGGGACACCGAUGAAGAGGGAAUGGCCUUUUGCUUCGAGUAUGCGCGAGGGGAGAAGAAACCUCGCUGGGUCAAGAUAUUCACACCUUAUUUUAACUACAUGCACGAAUGCUUUGAGAGAGUGUUCUGCGAGCUAAAGUGGAGAAAGGAGGUGGCAGAGGAAGCAACAGACAAAGACAACAAGAACUGCUCCAACGAUGGUAUGUGUAGCAAGAAUAUUUUCCAGCUGUUGAGGCAUCGAAUGGAUGGACGCACCCAGCGAGGGAGAUCGUUACCUCUUGACUAUGCAUCGGAAUCCAUCACUCAGCUCAGCCCGGUACUUUUCUAAAUACAGAGAUGCUCGGUUGUUAAAGACAUGGUGGCAUUCCACCUAUCAGACACUCAAUCCCCAAACAUAUGAACCAGCAAACAUCUGCAAAGAAACAAAAUUGUAGAGAAUCCAUGAAUAAAGGACAUAAUGCUCCAUAUGCUUUAAGAGCAUCAAGAACAACAUUACUGAAAUGUGGACAAAGUGAAGUAAGUAAGCCCUAAUAGACUGAGAUGAACAGUAAAGGUAUUUUGUCAUUUUUAAAAGGAAACGGUUGGAAAUUUGGAGCACAGAAAGAUCAUCAGUCAGUUCUGGUAUGUGGUAACAAUGGAUUGCAAAAGCACGUAUCAACUGUUCUCAUAUGAGGUCCUGAGAAGGACGCAGACCCCGUAAACCUCAGCUUCAGAUGCCUUACAGAAGACAAGGCAACAAGCUGCUUUUGCCUUUACAAAGUUCUGCAAACUAAGUGGGAUGUUGAAAAAAAUUCAUUUUUACACAGUCGCACUGCAUCGCGAAAUCUCAGAAUAUGCCAUUACGUCUGCUUUAUGGCUCCAACACUACAAAUAUUUCCCUGCUCUUCUUAGUGCAGUGGCAGCAAAAUGGCAGGAUUCUUUUUCAAAACAAGCUUUCAGAUUUUUUUGUUUUAUUUUUUUAUGUAAUUGAUCAAUUUAAAGCACAUUGAAGAAAAAGUGUUGUUUGCAAAAGUUGUUCUAUUUCAGGGGUCUCCACACCAGUGCUCAAGGGUCACUGUGGGUCCUGGUUUUUGCUGACAGACUGUUUAACCAAUGAGGUUUCUGCUAAAUUAAGCAGCACCUGACUGCAAUCAACUGAUAGCCUCUGUAAGACACCAGAUUGGUUAAAAGUGUCGUCUUGUUUUGUUGGAAUGAAAUCCUGCACCCACUGCGGCCCUAUGUGGAAUAGUUCAGAGACCUCUCUUCUCUAUCUACAUGUACUCGGUGUGUUGACUCAUAUAUUUAGGGACAUAUUCUCCUAUGUGAUUAAGUCAUGAAAGCUGUGUAUUCCUUUGGUAACACACAGGGACUCUGUCUAAAGCCUGGACAGGAAAAGCACAAUAGAUAAAAAAAAGUGAAAAGUAAAACAUGGCCCUCGAUUUGGUCCAUCAUCAUACUUGUUACUCAAAACAUUGUUAUUUAACAAUAUUUUAUUUUUAAACAUUUUAUUUUUUACUUUCCUCAUUAAAAUGGAUCACAUCACCUCCAGCACAAGAUUGUGCUUGUGGUGUAUGUACCUUGGUAAUAUAAUAACAAUAUUGACAUAUCAGAUUCGUUUUUUGUUCACAGGUAAGUCAAAGCAAAAAAAAUUAUGAAAGUGACCGCGAGUAUCAAAAAAAAAAAAAAAGUUUGCGUCUCCUACUGUAUAAAUCAAGGCACUGCUGUGCAAGCAACUCAUCUGCACGCGUAUUGUGUGAUACUUUAAUAACGAUUCUUUCCAGAUGUCAUCUACAUAGAAAAUUGAAGGUGAACCCUGAUAAAAUAGCACAUUUUUCAUCUUGAAAACAUGGCUGUCUCUUAACAAAUUUUCUGAAAGUGGGAAAAUGUAAAACCUAUAGAGGCAGUGUAGUAAGGUGCAACAAGGCAGGCCACUAAGCUGGUUGCAAGUAAGUAAGCUGUAGAGCAAAGAAAUGUUGAUGCACCUUUUGCUCUAAAGGGAGAAUGCACUCGUAUUUUCCUAUGAGACUAUCAGUAAAUUUUUCAAAUGUGUCAGAUUGUAGCGAUUCAGACCGCUCUAGUGUUUUAAUUAGGUAAUACUGUAAUCCCCUUGUUGAAUGAAAUAUAUUUAUAUACUCUAUAUUCCAGGAUUUUAACAUGGUAUUUUAGAUUUAUUGUCAACAGUAGGAUUCAUUUUGCACUACAGUUUACUUAAAACUGGUCACUGACUUGAUAAUAACCCACUGUGUAUUCAACAGUGCACUAAACCCUAGUACAAUAUUACAAACAAGCCUACAAAUUUCAGUGUUUAUAGUGCAUUAGCAUGAGUGAAAAAAUCCGUGUUUACACGUCACACCAAACAGCAGGGACUCUUCUCUCCUGCCCGCCCGUUCUUCCAUUGGCAGUCAUUUCAUUGUCCUUACAGUUUAGAGUACAGUAGGCAGCCUUAAUUCAUACUUAUGGCAAUUCAUCACUGCAGAUGCUUUUUAGCUGUGUAGGAAAACUUUACAUUCAUGCUAAAUGUAAAGAUGCACAUUUCAUAAGGGCUGACCAAUAGUAGAUGCAGAUGAUGAGCUGUCUAAUUUAUUAUCCUGUUAUUGUUUUAAAAGUGAUUUAAUACAAAUGGGGAUAAGGUCUGGCGAAUGAGGAAUUUGUAAAACAAUGUAAUUGCAGCUUUCUUCUUUAACGUAAAAACAAUAUGCAACGUGACAUCCAUGAAACACGAGUCUACUGUAUAUAUUUAUUAUUUAUAUUUAAAAUCGUUUGAAGGGAAAGUUACCAGUUGUUAAUAUGAAAAUCAUUGUUUUCUUUUGCGAUGUUAAGACGUGCACAUAUUGAAUAGACAUCAUGAAGUGCAUAAUAAAGCUGUUUAAAAAUUUUGGUCUGCCUUUAUAAACAAAAUAAUGCUUGGUCUGACCAUAGUAUUCAUUUACAGUUAGUAUUAAAGCUACAUGUACUAGUGUAUUAAACUUUACUUGAAUAGUGUCAUUGGUCCAGCAUUUUUCUAUAACAGCUUUGAAUGUGCAUGGACUUUUUUUAAGUGAAAAUGUUCAUUAAAACAUUACCCGUAGCGUCAAUUGGUUGAUAUGUCAUCAUGCCACUUGUUUAAUGCCGGAACAAAUUAGCUCACAAAAUCACGAUGAAUUAUUCAUUACAGGGUAAAAAUAUAAUAAUGUAUCUCACAGGAUUUUAUGUUUUUUUCCUUUAAAAGUCUCCAGUUGAUUAAAGAGUUUCAACCAUGUUGAAGAGGUCGAAUUGAGUCAAGCCUAGAAUUGAGAGAUAGUUUGCAGUUCCGUUUUUUAUGUUUUAUUUAUUUUUUUACAGGCCUGUUCAGCAGAAUGUCUGAUGUGAUGGAUUUGUUGCCUUUAUUAAUGAUGGUAUAAUAAACCCCUACCAUCUAAUGAAUAAUACAGCCUGCAUAUUGUUCAUUUACGAUAUUAAAUUGUAAAGUAUCCUUGUAAA